AUGUUAUUUCUUUCAUUGCCAUGUAAUCAGUCGUUUUACAUUCCUGACUCAAACCCACUUUUAGCCUUUGGUAACCAGGUGAGAGAAAUGCAUCUUUACACAGACAAUCACAGAAGAGGAAUGUAUCUACAAAUAACGCUGGAUGGACAUGUGUCAGGGAGUGACAGCCAAACUCAAUACAGUGUGCUGGAGCUUAAAUCUGUUCAAACCGGUGAGGUAGUCAUCAUAGGACGCAAAUCGUCACUAUUUCUGUGUGUUGAUGGAAGAGGACAUCUUAGGGGCCAGAGCCAUUACUCUGAAGCAGACUGCACCUUCAGGGAGCUCCUUCUGGCUGAUGGAUACACACGCUUUAUUUCUUCCCAGUAUGGACUUCCUGUUUCUUUGGCCCCAAAACAUUUCCAGGAUCGACACGCAGUAUCCUUCACACGAUUUGUGCCUCUUAGGAACACUCUGUCUGAGGUGGCCCCUACGGCAGAAGCAAUCGGCAGACAACCUUAUGUAAACCUGGACUCUAAUGAUCCACUUGGGAUGGAAACUGCUGUAGUUAGUCCACAAAUAUUUAUGCAGAAAUAAUGGUCUGCUGCUUUUUUAAUAUUUAUGAUACUA